GAACGAUAUUUAACCCUCAGGACGAAAUCAAGACCACGAGAGAAGACUUCACAUUGUGAGAUAUCAACUGGUUCUCCCUACCGAUACUCACUAGAACUCAUCAUGAUUGAGGGAAUAUUCUUUGCUCGUUUCCUUCCCCAGAAAGGUACCAAGGUCGUUCAUCAAAGUCCUCCAGGAUGUAUUGUCCCCGAGCCUGAUGUAGAUAAGCCGCGUCUAUUUGACUUUGAAAAGCUGGCCGAAUAUAUCAUUCCCCGUCAAGCAUUUUGCAAUCGUCAUGUUACAGUAUGUGAUCCCGAGAACAAACAUCGCAUUCUGGGCCACCCGGUUUGUAUCAAAAAUGAAAAAUAUGAACGCAAUGAAUUUAUGUUCAAUUUUUGCAUCGUGACGAGAAUCGAGGUGGAUAAGAUUCCUUAUGAAGCUGUGGUCAAACGUUUGGCAUCAACAUUUACGGAAAUGGAAAUUCAGAAUGAGUAUUUGAGUCAGGAGGGUACGUUUUCAUGUCAAGAUCGAAGGUCGAUAGCUGCGUUGUUGGAGAUCAUUAAGGAGGAUUUGAAUAAUUACAAUGAGUGCAUGAUUCCUGUUGAUGAUGCAAACACUAUUAACAUGAAGCUUUUCCCCAUUCACAGACAUCCACCCCCUAUAAAACCAUGGCACGUUCCAAUCUCCAAGAUCAAAUUUGCCGAAAUCGUCGACGAUACCUGGGAUCUUACUAUGAGGAAAGUAAUCAAGCAUAUUGACGGCAUCAAAGACGUCCGAAGAAUUGCCCACGACGCAAAUGUGGCUAUGGAUCUCACCAAAAUAGCCUUGCAGCAUCUUCUCUACUAUGAUUCCAUCCUUAUGCUGGAUAUUUUCCUCUUCAGCAACAUAUACGCGCCGACGUCUGAAAUGAACGAUUUUGUAGCUGAUAAAGAUGGAAUGCAAGAUGAAUGUGCAAAUUACGUCUACAUCAACGGUCCCCGCCUCACAAAUUUUUUACUCUGCCGACUCUUCACCACCCUUUGUACAUCAAGAACGCUCAAGGAAUGGCUCAAACUACACAUGGACCAAGGCCUCAACGUCCUCAAUUAUAUCGAUGUCCGUCGUUUCAUCCAAUUUGGUGUGAUCAAAGGUCUCAUUUAUCGCGUGCAUAGAUAUGCAGUAUCUUCUCUAUAUUUAUCGUCGAUCGCCUCCAGGCAAACAAUGCACAUGGAUAGAAGAGAUGAUGCUCUGCGGAAGUAUACGGAUGGGUGCCAUUGUUUUGACCAAAUAACUACGGUGCUGAAUAUUGGAGAAGCGAAAAUCAUGGAACGACUGCGCAAAUUUCCAAAGGGCGAUGUGGAGGUUAUUUAUCGAUGAGCCUGUGUCGAUAUUCCAAUAAUCUUACUGUCUACACACCAAAAGCUGAAUCUAUCACGCACAAUCCGGUGGUUCAUCUAUUCAAGAUCCUCGAUUAUCUUCUUCGGAAACUAGUCAUUCACCCGAUGUUGCAUCAACCUGCCACAGGGGACGCGCAAACCCCUCUCAUGUACCAAAAUGUCCUUCUUCACUCGGACAAUCUGACGAAAUUCAGUGGCCAAUUUCCCCACAGCACUCCCGCCCAACAUACCUCACUUCAUUACGAGCCAAGCAAAUCCAAGUUCCCACACCGAAAAGACAAAUUUAUUAGCCCGUCCCAGAAUAAUCCAGUACAGUCAAAUACAUAUAGCAAUAGCCGCGAGCCGAUAACUUUUUAAACCCCAUACCAAUACCAGUACACCUCCCGUCCUGUCCCGUCCCCCAUACCCAACCCAACCUAACCUCUGCACAAACCCCAACGACCACAAGCGCCAGCACCACCAUGUCCAGAAUAAAUCCCAACGUAUCCAACACAACACCAUCAAAUCAAUUCUACAAUACCCAAGCAAGCAAGCAAGCGCCAACGGCUUUCCGCAAUAAUCCCAUCCUCA